CCUGCAUCUAAUCCUUUCUGCGUCUACCACUUUUUCCCUCUGGCAUAUAUAUACCAUAGACACACAAACUCUCUCUCCAACCCCUCUUCUCUUUCUGUUAAGCUGCAAAUUUUAGGGUUUUCAGUUAAAAUUUGUUCAUCUCGUCCUCAUCCAUGGCUGGUUUAGUACUGUUUCUGCUGCUCAUUUUGGCUAUGGCUUCUAAUUCAAGUGCUACUGCAUCCACAUGGUGCAUUUGCAAGGAGGGAGUCAGUGAAGCAGUUUUGCAGAAAACCCUGGAUUAUGCCUGUGGAAAUGGUGCUGAUUGCACUGCCACUCGUCAAAAUGGAGCUUGUUUCAUCCCUAACACAGUUAAAGCUCACUGUAACUACGCUGUCAACAGUUAUUUUCAAAGGAAAGCCCAAGCUGCUAGCGCUUGUGAUUUUUCUGGCACUGCUCGUGUAGUCACAUCUGAUCCUAGUCAGUCUCCUUAAAACCUACUUUUCUUGUUAUUA